UCCUUUCUCCCUCCGCCUGCCUGACCGCAUCAUCUCCUCCCGCUCAGGCAGGAGCGACAGCCCUGUGUUUUCCUCCAGGUCCAGCUGUGGGUGUGUGUGCGUGUGUGUGUGAGAGCGAGUGUCAGCGGAGGAGAUCAGCUGCUAUCCAUGCUCUAUUCCUAAUGUCACAGUUUAACUCAGCUGCUUGAAACACAGGCUGCGGCUAUGGGAGCCUUUGGACUGAUGAUGAGGAUUUUACAGUACGCGGGACUUUACGUUCAACUUAACGCGGGUCUGCGUGACGGAUAUGUAAAGGUGGAUAAUCGCAUCUCUGGAAAUGCUCUGUUUACGGAAGUUCCUCGUGACGUUACGACACAGAUCGGUGAAGACGUGGAGAUGGCUUGCUCCUUCCAUGGGGCGGGCUCUCCCUCAUUCUCCCUGGAGAUCCAGUGGUGGUACAUCAGGAACCACAAAGACUCUCCAGGGCUGGCCUCACAAAUCUCAAACACAGUUGGGACUCUCGAGGAAAUGCCGAAAGAUGCCACCAAAAUUAGUGUGGUAAAAGUGGCUGGCAGCAACAUCUCCCACAAACUCCGUCUCUCCGGUGUGAAACCAGCAGACGAGGGCACGUACGAGUGCCACGUCAUCGACCACAGCGGCCCUGUGGAGCAGCGCUACCGUGUCCAGGCCUACCUCCGAGUGGAGCCGGACAGGCUUCCGGAGUCUGACGACGCUCAGCUGCAGGAACUCGAAUACCCCUCAAGGGGGAGCCGCUUGCAGCAGAGCAACGACCGGGAACUGAGGAAGAGAUCAGCUCACACUAUUCCUGACUGCAGGGGCCGCUGUGUCCUUUAAAGUGGGAAUUGUGUCUGUCUGCAUGUUCCUCUGUUAGAACCACUGGUGUUGUAUUAGUUACCACAUUAGUGGCUCUUUAUUUCUUGAAGGAUAUUCUGUGCUUAAUGAUUUGACUUUUUGCUUUAUCUUGUUGCUUGGAAGCCAGUGUUGGUGGAUGCUAUUUAAAGGGUUUUGUGUACCAGUACAUUUUUUGUUCUUGUUGUUCUUUUUUUUUAUGUGCUUUUUGCUUUAAAAUUAUGUGAACAGUAACUGCAAGAAAUGAAUAAAGUGAACUUGUUUUCUGCUAUUUUAUGAUGAAAAACAGCAAUGCAGAAAUGAUUAAUGCAGUUACAGGAAAUGGAGUUGGAACCAGACAUUACAAACCUUCUAUAAAAAGACACAUAACUACUUAUUUCUGAUAGUCGGGCAUUAAAUCAGACUAAAUCUUUCUGGUUUUGAAAGAUUUAGUAUUUUUACUUAAGUUGUCUUUGACUGAAACACAACGGGAUUAUCAGUGUUACAGUAAAAAUGCUUUUAAAAAGAAAGUAUAUUUAUUUUGUUCUUCCGGGAAAUAAGAAUGAGUCACAGUCAAUUUAGAGUAAACCGUUUAUCUUUUGACUUUUAAUCCAGAUAUAUGUCCUCUAAUCACAUGGGGUUUUAAAAUCAGUUUUUACGUAUCAAGCUGACCAUAAGCACUUUACUGUCAGUAAUGUUAUGGCUGCUAUUAUUCACAGUAUCAAUUUGUGUCUUAACAGAGCAUGUAAUUUUAUGCUCGACUUGAAUUGUGUUAUUUGUGCUGCUGCUAUUUUUUUCUGUAAAUACAUUAUUCAAAAAUGUUAUUUUCUCUUCUUGUUUGGUGAUCUUGCUUGGUUCCUGCUUAAUUAAAUGAUAAAUAAGAAAUCUGAAGUUAGCUAUCUAUUGUUGAGGGUUACGGAUAGAAGCUACGGCAACAUAAUAGUGACAGAAAUCUUGACUGUAAAUGAAUUGCUCGAUUAGUGGCUAAUAAAGGCACCCCCUUUUAUCUGCUUUG